GCCUGCCAAACUUAGCUUCCAUGUCAAUACAGAUACUGUUGCCGGUAGCAGUAAUAAAAAUCUGCUUUUGAAAAUCGAGAGAUGUCCGCUUCUACGCCUCUCUCACCAGCCACAUCGCCGCAAAAAACCGGAUGGCCGAAUGGGCCCCGUAGCGUGGCGUUUUACGAAUCCCUGCGAGCCCUGUUUGUUCGCAAGGAUGACACUACCAACCGGAGUACGCGCAAACGAAAUAAUAUUUCUGGCCGAAGCUUGGAUGGUCACGCAAAUGGUCCCGAUCCGAGCCGCGGUAAUGUCGAGUGCAGCGAGGUCGCCGUGACCAAAUUGAUAGAAAUGGACACGCAAGGUGCGCACAUUGCCGAUGUGGAGUGCCAGACGGUCCCUGCCCUACAGGUUAACAAUGCGUCGUCAGCGAAUGAUUCCAAUUCUGAAGAAGGAUCGGUACCGUCCAGAGAGUUGGUGCUCGAGUAUAAGCACAGGUUCAUUGGUUACGGCUAUCCGGGCACAAGGCAAACAGCGCGAAAGAAAAAAGUCAAGACUCCAAGGCACAGGGCGUAACGCAUUGAAUUCGCGUACGUCUGUAAUUAGCGUCGAUAGAAAAAUCACAUCUAAGGUCGGUAGCUGAAAAUAGCACUAAUCUGUAAGAGUUUGCAACUCAGCUAUUUAUCCGUAUGAUUGUAUACUUAUAAUGUUCUUUUUAUUUAAAAUCGUUUUAAUGUUUUUGUGUUGAUCUACCAAACUACAAGCAACUUGCAAAUUUAAGUUUCUAGGGAUUGCGAAACACGUGUGAUGUUAAUUAAAUGCGCGUAAGGUA